CUAGGCAGCUUGCUGUAAAGGUAACGAAUUUUGAGGCAAACAAGACAACGAUCGCAGUGAUAUAGCUGACUAGCAGCAGCAGCAAGAAACUGCAAGCAGCAAUGGAGGCUGAAUUGAAAGGCCUGCUAGAUGAUCUCUCAUCUCUCAUUUCUUCGCUGCCUGAUGCUUCUCGUCAGGCAUCGAUUCACAAGCUGCAAUCGCGUGUUGAAGUUAUCACGAAGCUGGCAACUUCUGCUCCGUCUCGGCGUUCAAAAGUCAAGGAUAUGAGUGCAGAGGUAGUUGAUAGCAAUCCGUAUAGUAGGCUAAUGGCGCUUCAAAGAAUGGGCAUUGUGCACAACUAUGAGAGAAUUCGGGAGUUCUCUGUUGCCAUUGUUGGAAUUGGUGGUGUUGGUAGUGUUGCAGCUGAGAUGCUAACAAGAUGUGGCAUAGGUCGACUUUUAUUGUAUGAUUAUGACAAAGUGGAGUUGGCCAACAUGAAUAGGCUUUUCUUUCGUCCGGAUCAGGUUGGCAUGACAAAGACUGAUGCUGCCGUUCAGACACUUUCAGAAAUAAAUCCUGAUGUUGUGCUUGAGAGCUAUACGAUGAACAUCACAACAGUACAAGGAUUUGAAACCUUUGUGUCAAGUUUGAAAAGUAAAUCAUUUCGCCCAAGUAAAGAAGGUACUGGAGUAGAUCUUGUUUUAAGCUGUGUGGAUAAUUAUGAAGCAAGGAUGGCUGUUAACCAGGCCUGUAAUGAGUUGAACCAGACAUGGAUGGAGUCUGGUGUAUCUGAAGAUGCUGUCUCGGGUCAUAUACAACUAUUGAUUCCUGGAGAAACUGCCUGUUUUGCAUGUGCUCCUCCUCUGGUUGUGGCAUCUGGUGUAGAUGAGCGGACACUCAAGCGUGAGGGGGUUUGUGCAGCAUCUUUGCCUACCACAAUGGGAGUUGUUGCAGGGCUUUUAGUACAAAAUACAUUAAAGUUCUUGUUACAAUUUGGACAUGUAUCCCCAUAUCUUGGAUACAAUUCUCUAAAAGACUAUUUCCCAACGAUGGAAAUGAAGCCAAAUCCACAAUGUUCAAAUGCAGCUUGUUUGGAGCGUCAGAAAGAAUACAUUAUUGCAAAGCCGGCUAGGGAUGCUGCAGCUAAAGCCAAGAUGGAGGCAGAAGCAUCAUUAGCUACAGAAAUCCCACUUCAUACUGAUAAUGAAUGGAAUAUAAGUGUUGUUGAUGAUAGUGAGCCGGAAACAAAAGAUGCCACAAGUUCAGAUAAGCUUCCAGAAGGUCUUGCUCGGGAGCUCCCAACUGCAGAUGAAUUUCAAAAGUUCCCAGCUGCUGAGACGUCUACAACUACAUUUGAUGACCUUGAAGAACUCAAGAAGCAACUUGAAGCCCUCAAUACUGAUUAAGGACUGCGUUGAUAUUGAUAUUUUGUUGCCUCUCUGGAUGAAAAAAUCAAAGCUCUCACUGGAGUAAUCCGGUCAUGCUUACCCAUAAGUUAACAAAACAAACUACCAAUACAAAACCUUCAUGCUUUGUUCUUUUUCUAUCAUAUUUCACUGUAUCUUUUAAAAAAUGUAGCCUGAUUCAACUUUAGCUUCUUAUUUUUUUUUUGCUUUUAGAUUGUUUUACUUUCCUAAUACUUCGAUCUCUUUUCCAAGUUCUUACAAAGCUAGAUUUUCAUGUAUGCACAUACUUUUUUGGUCAACGUGAAUGCAUUUACUCA